AUGUACGGUACCGAGUGCUGGGCCGUCAAAAAGCAGCACGAACAAAAUAUGCACACGACUGAAAUGAAAAUGCUACGGUGGGCAGCCGGAGUAACAAGAUUGGACAGAGUGCGGAAUGAAUAUAUCCGAGGCUCUUUUAAAGUUGCUCCCAUCGUGGAUAAGAUGGUGGAAAGUCGUAUGCGAUGGUACGGCCAUGUAAUGCGACGGGACGAGAACAACGCUGUAAAGAAGGCCCUAGCUAUCCCGGAUAAAAGAAGAGGUAGAGGACGACCGUGCGCCACGUGGUGGACAACCGUUGCUAACGAUCUAGAACGAGCUCAACUAGACAAGCAGACAACCCAAGACCGACUGACUUGGCGCCGUAAAACGAGGAGGGCCGACCCCAAAUAA